AUGGUCUUAGAGCUACCUUUGAAAGAAAAGCCCAUAGCUAUCAAACAACAAGCAGCCUUCAUUAUUGCGAGGUCUAUGCGGCCGCACAUAAUUAUAUAUAGCCACGAGAACCUCCCAUCAUCAUCAUUGCAACUCUCAGUGGCCAUCGCUCAACGACAACACUACAAACUCAAGCCUCCGAUAACAUCUUCUCAACUCAUCGCCAUGGCUGAUGUUCUCGCUAAAGCCAUGUUCGCAACCGGCGCAACAUGUGUGGUGGGCUGCAUCGCCGCCGCGAAGUAUAUAACGAACCGGCGCAAGCAAGCACAAAAAAACGUCCGCAGAGGAUCAACAAGCAGAGAUCCCCAAUCAGAUGAGAUAGCUCGAGUUGAAGAUGGUGUCACCUAUCAGCGAGUUUACAUCGGUAACGGCGAAUGGGGUUGGGUUGUUGACGGCGGCUCGGAGGACGAGGGAUACUCGACGGUCACACGAUACCGGCAUUUUGGCCAAUAA